AUGGGGCCCCAGGCGAACGAGCUGGGCCGCCUGCUGCUGGCAGUGUCUGUGGCGCUCACGCUGCCUACGGGGCCCCCAGGCUCCCGGGGAGCCCGGAUCAUCGGGGGCCACGAGGUGAAGCCCCACUCCCGGCCCUACAUGGUGUCUGUGGCCUUCGAGGGCCAGCACCACUGCGGAGGCUUCCUGCUCCGCUCCCGCUGGGUGGUCUCCGCGGCCCAUUGCUUCAGCCACAGGGACUCCCGAAUGGGCCUGGUGGUGCUGGGGGCUCACGUCCUGCACAGCUCGGAGCCCACACGACAGGUGCUGGGCAUCUCCACCGUCGUCAGGCACCCGGACUACCAGCCCACCACCCACGCCAACGACAUCUGUCUACUGCAGCUCAACGGCUCUGCCAUCCUGGGUCCUGCGGUGGGGCUGCUGAGGCUGCCACGGAGAGAUGCCACGCCACUCAGGGCGGGGGCACGCUGCCGGGUGGCUGGCUGGGGCUCUGUAUCCGAUUUCGAGGACCUGCCACCCGGGCUGAUGGAGGCCGAAGUCCGCGUGCUGGGCCUGGACGUCUGCAACAGCUCCUGGAAGGGCCAGCUGAGCCCUGCCAUGCUCUGCACCCACAGUGGGGACCGCCGGAGGCGUGGCUUCUGCUCGGCGGACUCUGGGGGACCCCUGGUGUGCAGGAACCGGGCACAUGGUCUGGUCUCCUUCUCUGGACUCUGGUGCGGCGACCCUAAGACCCCUGAUGUGUACACGCAGGUGUCUGCCUUCGUAAGCUGGAUACAGGAUGUGGUUCGAAGGCCCAACGGGCCCCAGCCCAGUCCCCUGCCCGGGACCGCUGGGUUCAGGAGUUGCCUGAACCACAACGGCACGGGGUACACAAAUGAGGUGGUAAAUGACUCGGAGUCUCAGGCUGGCCUGGCCCCACGUGAAGUCCGUUAUUCACUGAAGAAAGUGCUGGCAUAUGGCCACGUCUGGACACGGGGCGGUGACACUGAGCAAACAGGAGGCAGCGACCCUGCCCAGAGCAGGCUGGUGGUGGAGGUGGGUCCACCUGGAAACCGGGCUUAG